CGGAAGUAAUCCUUUUGGAUACUGUAAUAAUUUCUUGGUUAUUGGUGUUGUCGCCAUCUCGCCAUUGAAGUUUGUGUAUGUGGUAAUUUGGUGGAAAUCUAGAUUGCUGUCAGUUCGGUGGACGUGGUUUUUUGCAGCUACCUGUGCAGUACUGAGUGAAGAACCGACGAGGUUAAAUUUUACUUGGAGAUAUGAGUUACAACAAUUAUAAACCUAUGAACUCGUACGGGAUGUCCCGAGGCAGGGGCUUCAACUCGCGCGGGGGGUACCGCGGCCGCGGGGGCACGGACGGGGGCCCCUGGAGCUCCACGCCCAUGAGGGGCCGGGGCUCGUUCUCGUCGUCUCGCGGCCGCUUCAACUGGUACAAGGACCACUCCGGAGGCUACGACGGCCCCCGAUACAGCGGGGGCGACGGCAGGGACAAGUACUCGAGCCGAGGCCGCGGGGACGACUCCGGGUAUCGGCGCUACAACAGGAUGGACGGGCCCGGUUAUCAGUCUCGGGACCGACACGGAUCGCCUGAUUCCCCCAGGAAACGAAUGAGGACAGAACAUGGUUAUGUUCAGGUAGGGGGUGGCUUUACUUCGAGCCGACGCAGCCACGACGGUGGAUAUGGUGGUAGUGAUUACAGUAACCGCUAUAAUUACUCGGACGAGAAGGGAAGCUACGGAGACAGAGGGCGCGGCUACAGAGACGAUAGACGGUCGUCGGGUGGAUUCCGAGACCGCUCGAGGGAGGAUUACAUCCACAGAAAGUCGGAGGACUCGGGCAUGCCCCCGCCGUCCGGCAUGCCGACCCGCCACAUGUCCAGAGGCACCUUCAGGGGGCGCAUGAGAGGGACGCGAGGCUUCACCAGGAUUCUGACCAGAAGAGCAGACUCUUUCCUCGUGAGGCGGCGGGGCGCCAUGGAUUACUUGGUCCGCAAGAGAAUCUUGACCUCUAGGACCCAGGCGGAUAAUUUGAGGCGCCUCAAGCUACAAAAGCUGCGGAGGCUUAAAGAACUUGCUCUGAAGAAGGACAAAGAUGAUAAUGAUUCCACCAAACCAGAGGAUCUCACAGAUGAUGAAGACAAACCUGAAAACUGGGAUGAAUCUGAGGAAAAGAAUGAUAAGGAGACUGAAGGAGAGGCGGGAGAGAAGAAAGUCGUGAAGACCAAGAAAGUGAAGAAGGUGAAAGAGGAGCCGGAAGAGGGGGAGGAGGUGGAUGAGGAUGAAGACGGCGAGGGCGGGGAGAAGGAGGAUGACGACGAGAAGGGGGAAGAGGGGGGAGACGGCGAAGUGGGGGAUGAUGAAGAGGCAGACGUGUCGAAGUCCUCCAAGAAGUCCGAGGGCAAGCUGGAGAGUGGGGUUCAUAUCACGAUCAAGCAAGAUUCAGACUCGCGAGCCGUGAGCGAGGAGGACCACCCGAGACGCACCAACUACCGCACGGGGAGGCCCUUCAUCCGCCUGCACUGCCCAGUGUGUUACAUGCGCUGCGUGACCUUCAAGGAGUACUCGAUGCACCUGUUCACGACGCGGCACGAGAACUCGAUGUACAAGCUGUCGCUGCGGCACAAGCAGACGCUGGCGCGCAUGCGCAUGAAGCAGCGGCGCGAGCAGCGCGUCAUCGAGGAGUCGGAGGAGGUGCUGUCCGCCCACACCAACUUCUGCCACAUCUGCAAGCUCAACUACCGCCAGAUGAAGGGCGAGCACCAGUCCUCCGAGUCGCACGCGAGCAUGAAGCGGUUUUUGAUGCCCAUGUGCAACGUGUGUGAGAUACGGUUUAGGUCACCAAUGCAAUACGAAAACCAUCUUUGCUCACUGGAUCAUAUUAAGAGGAAGGCGCACUUGCGGGAACGCAUGGACCGGGAGCGGGAGGAGAAGGAGGAGGGGAGUGAAGAUGACAAGGACAUCAACAUGGAGAACUUCAUGAUCCUCGACUCUGUGGGCACUGUCGACGAAUCUGGGGACGACUCUGGAGAUGGUGAAGGUAAACCUGAUAAAGAGAAAAAGGAUGAAGACAAGAAAGGAAAACAAGAAAUUGUUCUGGGCUCGGAGUACGUGAAGCUGAUGGAGGUGUACUUCUGCGACCUGUGCCACAUCUACCUGCCCCGGCUGGAGCCCAAGGAGCGGGCCAUCCCGAUACACUGCCGCUCGCGCACGCACCUGCAGUGCUACGUGCGGUUCCGCGACGACCGUGCGCUGCGCAGGGAGGCGGAGAGGAUCCACCGCAAGGAGGUCAAGGAGAAGGAGCAGAGGGAGGCGGUGGGCAAGAAGGAGGGCGACGACAAGGACUCUGAGGAGAAGGAGGCGGAGAAGGGGGAGGCGGCGGCGCCCCAGGAGCCGGGCAAGAAGGGGCCGGACCCUGACGCAGAGGCGGGCAUGGACGACAAGCUGUGGGCGGACGUGGACAAGGACAUCGGGGAGCUGCUGCGGGAGGUGGAGCCAGGCAAGUCCUCGGACGAGGAGGACGACUCCCGCUCCCGCUACGACCGCUUCCGCAACAGCGUGAAGGGCGGGGCGCUGGUGGCGGGGGCCGAGCCCGCCCAGGGCGAGGAGGAGGUCGCCAAGGAGGAGGGGGCCCCGGCGUCCCAGGAGCAGCCCCGGGACGAGGCGGCCGCCCCCGCCGCCGACGCCCCGGCCGGCGACGACAAGUGAUCACUGUUUACACUUGCUUCGUGUCAUUUCUUCGUCAUCUUUUGUACAAUCUAGCUUGUUAGAUGUUAGUGAAAUAAACUUACAGUACAUAAAAAAUUAAUAAUUUUGUCGUUUAAUAACUGGAGUUUGUAAGCAAAGGACAAAUUAAUGACGUACAGUCUUAGUGGACAAAUUUUAUGUAGGUAUCCGAUCAAAAUUAAAUAUGCAAUGGUUGAAGUUGUGCUCUUCCAACUCGGCACGCGGUGCAGUGGCGUCCCUCUAAUCUAAUUGGGAUUCGAGACACGUUCGGAUUAUCACAGUUUUGAUCGGCCGAACAUUCGCGGUAAUAGAACACAUUAAGCAGGAAAUGGGAAAUCGCGUACUUUAAAUGUCACCACUGUGAUGUGAAGAUGCACGAAAAAUGUUCAUCGUGCAGUUUAUCUGUCACAAUUUUCGUUAUGACUGAGACUUAGGAAAAACCUUCAUAUAUAUAUGAAAAAAUGAUGAACUACAAAGUAGUCAGGGUUUUGAUGGCAGCAACGAACAGGCCUACCUAUUUCAAGGUUUUUGGCUAUAUAUUAAAAUGCUUAAAAUAAAGUAUUAGGCUAUUGCAAAAAAAAAAUACUCUUUUCUAUGUAGUUAUUUAGUUUUUAAUAACCAAAUAAUGACAAUGUUAAUAUUUUAUACACACACACACACACAACAUAAUUUUAAACACGCGAAACUCAUUCAGAUUAGCCAGUUAUUUGGAUUAUUGGGACUCCACUGUAUAUAAAUGUGAAAUAUUUGUUUGAAAUUAAUUUUAUUGAUUUCUUUGCAAGCUUUGUAGAAUAAUAAGUUUUCUGUAUUUAUAUUAAUAAAAAUCAAAUAAAAAGUGCUA